AUGGAGAAGCUCAUUUUUUCGCUUGUCAUUUCUGCGAGAAAACUAAGGUCCUACUAUCAAGCACACCGGAUAAUUGUCGUGACAGAAUUUCCCUUGAGAUCGAUCCUCCAUAGCCCCGACGCUUCUCAGCGACUCAUGAAAUGGGCGACUGAACUUAGUCAAUAUGACCUCCUCUACCGGUCGAAGACUGCUAUAAAAGCCCAAGCUUUAGCAGAUUUUGUUGUAGAGUUUACUUCGACAGCCGAAGAAGAGAAAAUGGUCACGAAAAGCAAGGAAAAAGCAUACGACACCUCCCCCACCGAUUCGAACCUACCUAACAACAUGUGGCAAUUGCAUGUAGACAGAGCAUCAAAUCACAAAGGAGCGGGAGCGGGAGUCAUCAUAGUCUCCCCGGACGGAACUUUGUUGGAACAAGCUAUCACACUGGGCUUUUUUGCUUCAAACAACAAGGCAGAAUAUGAGGCAUUGCUUGCAGGACUGCACCUAGCGAAAGAACUGUCGAUCAAGAGAUUGGCCAUCUACUCACACUCCCAGCUGAUCACGAAUCAAGCAUCAGGAGAGUACAUGGCAAAGCAUCCAAGAAUGGUCCAGUACCUCGACAAAGUCCAAGGAAUUUUAAAAGAAUUCCUUACUUUCACCAUCCAACAAGUUCUAUGGGCAGGGAACACUCAUGCAGAUGCAUUGGCGAGCCUAGGAUUAGUACUGGACACCCAGUUCAGACACUACAUCCCAGUUGAACACUUUGACCGGCCAAGCAUCGAAGAAAUAGAGCCAAUCGACUCAAUGCAGAUUGAUGAGGACCCCCAGCUCCAACAGAAAGCCACGAGAUAUUACAUGCAAGGCGACAAUCUUAUUCACAUAUCAUACUUCGGCCCUCAUCUCACUUGCAUAAAAUACCCUCAAACACUUAAGGUCCUAUGCAAAAUUCACGAUGGCGAGUGUGGCAACCACUCUGGGGGUAGGUCACUCACCCAAAAGGCUCUAAAUGUAGGCUAUUUCUACCUACCAUGCGCCAUGACUCCACGGAAUAUGUCAAAAGAUGUGAUCGCUGCCAACGUUACCGACAAUGGCUCACAAUUAAUCAGCAAGCAGAUCACCGCAUUCUUCAAAAAGUAUGGCAUCAAGCAGCAUCUCUCUACCCCGAGGUAUCCACAGGGCAACGGCCAGGCCGAGGCAUCCAAUAAAAUAAUAUUGGAUUGUCUAAAGAAGAGAUUAGAAGGCGCCGAAGGAAAAUGGGUAGAUGAGCUCUCUGGAGUACUAUGGGCUUAUCGCACCACCAAACGUAGAUCAACUGGCGAAACCCCGUUUUCCCUCACCUAUGGAACUGAAGCGAUCAUUCCUCCUCACGUCAUUGUCCCCUCUAUAGGCAUUGAAGUGGGCAAUAUUGAGCAGAACUCCGAGCAGAUGAGACUCAACCUUGACUUACUUGAAGGCGAGCGCGAGAAGGCCAUUGUCCGAGUCGCCUCCUAUCAACAGCGGUUGAAGUCUUACUAUGACAAAAGAGCCAAGAUCAGACAGUUUCAACCAAGCAACCUUGUGCUAAGAAAGGCCUUCAUCACUGCACAAGACAAGGGUCUAAAAAGAUGA